AUGGACUCGCCUGCAAGCUGCAGCGAGCAGCUCCUCUUCCUCCUCCUCAUGUUCGCCUGCUUUAUCGUGUCCUCAUCACUUCAAUCGUUUGAUGCUCCAGAUGCUGGAGCAGCAGCAAACUGGCCACCACCACGAUUCUCCUUCAGCUUCAACUUCUCCAACGAAUCCAGCUACGACACACACGACCUCCGGUUCGAGGGCGACGCGACGAGGCACGGUAAGCUGAUCGACCUCACCUACGACUCGUCUAUGGGGAACAUGAAAGCCUCCCAGGGGCGGAUGUCGUACGCCCACGCCGUGCCGUUCUACGACAACACCACCGGCGAGGUGGCGUGCUUCAGCACGCGCUUCACCUUCAAGAUCCUAUACGACAACGACACCGCCAACAACAGGGGGGACGGCAUGGCUUUCUUCCUCUCCGGUUACCCGUCAAGACUGCCGGUCUCCUCCGGUGGGGCCAAUCUCGGCCUAGUUAGUGGGAAGCCGCUCUCCGCCAACGGCGCAGACCAGUUCGUCGCCGUCGAGUUUGACACGUUCAGCAACAGAAAAUGGGACCCCAAUACCUUCGACCACAUUGGAAUCGACAUUGGCUCCAUCGAGUCCGUGAACACCACUAGCUUGCCCCGCUUCACGCUCAACGGAUCCAUGACGGCGACCAUCAGGUUUCACAAUACUACCAGGAAACUGGUUGCCUCCCUGCAGUUUGAUGACCAUCCUUCUACUCACCCCGUGGAGGUCAGUACGGCCUUGCCGAACACAAGCUCCAUCCGAUACUGGCUUCCGCCGGAGGUGGCGGUGGGGUUUUCGGCAUCCACGGGCAGAGCCAUAGAGCUCCAUCAGAUGCUGGCAUGGUCUUUCAACUCCACUCUUGCUCCGGCGCCCCCCAAAGGCCAUGACAAAAAGGCAGAGGUUAUUGGAGGUGCCUCGGUAGCUCUGGUUCUGUCGCUGCUCGUGGUGUGGUUCAUCCUCUCUUAUUGGAAGUUGAAAAGCAGACGCCGUGCCUUUGAGAAGCAGGGAACUGGAGGCCCUAGGCGGUUCGAAUACCGCGAUUUGGUUUCUGCGACAAACAAUUUUUCUACUGAGCUUGGAGAAGGUGCCUUUGGGAAGGUUUACAGGGGUUCCUUGAAGAAUUUGGGCUGUGAGGUGGCCGUAAAGAUCCUGAACGAAUCUCGACUGGGAGGAGGCAAGGACUUCUUCGCAGAAAUCAACACCAUUAGCGAAGCGAAGCACAGGAAUCUCGUCAAACUUGUUGGCUGGUGCCGGCAAAAUAGCUGGAGCAUUGUUGAUUUCUUGUGUUGGUGUAGGCAGAAUAAAAGCGAUAAGCUCUGCCUUGUCUAUGAACUAGUGCCCAACGGCACCCUGGAAGAGCACUUAUACAACCGGGACCAUGUACUACCAUGGGCGACGAGGUACAAAAUAGUGAUUGACAUUGGCUAUGCUCUUGUUUACCUCCAUGAGGAGUGCCAUCCAUGCAUCCUGCACAGAGACAUCAAGCCGAGCAACAUACUCCUGGACAACGACUUCAAUGCCAAGCUUGGCGACUUCGGGCUGUCGAGGAUCGUUGAACAUGGCAAAUCAAAGGUGCUGACGAUCCCUAUAGGGACCGAGGGUUACCUAGAUCCACAGUGCAAGAAGCCGGUGGGGAUGGUUGAGUUCCGUCCUAGCUCUGACGUCUACAGCUUUGGCAUCGUCUUGCUCGAGAUUGUUGCUUGCAAAACAGGUAUGGUUAGGGAGCAAGUCUGGCAAUGGUACAUGUACAACUCUCUCCUACAGGCGGCUGACGAUAGGUUAGAAGGCAACUUCGAUAGCAGUCAAAUGGAGCGUGUGAUUAUUCUGGGGCUAUGGUGCUCGUUUUCUGAUGAUACCAAGCGGCCUACCAUUCGGCAAGCUAUGGAUGUCCUGCAACAUGGCAAGCCGUUGCCUGACCUCAUCUCAUUGGACACUAGUUCGGCCCCAACCGAACUGGACGCGGGCAUCGAUCAGGAGGCACCUUGGUCAGCUGACAGCUAGCCCUUGUAACGAGCAACAUGCAUGAAUGGAUUACUCUUGUGUGGGUCUAUCGGUUGUUGGGAUAGAUAAUAAUGUCAGUAUUCUUUGAGUUUGUAAUAAGUUUGCGCAAAGCCCAGGUCACAAGUGGGUCUGGGUCUGUGCUCGGUCAGUAGUCAGUUAGGAGUUGAUUUGGUCAGGUUUUGGUUAGACAGAGUCUGUUAGCAGGUUGGUUGAGUUCAGUUAGUAAUGGUAGCAAAGCUUGGAGGUGGGAUGGCACGUUCGAGCUUGCGGCUAUGUUGUCCGGCAACUAGCCCAUGUAUUUUUCAUCUCAUUUUCCUAUUUAAUCGAUCAAAGAAAACGCUGGCUCGAUACCAAAACCAGCACCAAAAACCAGCCUCAAAACAUCAGAGUUCUGAAUUCACUGUAGCACAUACGACACUUUUUUGUUCUUCGUCAGAGAGCGAUUGAGAGCGAGCGAGUGCAGGGCGAGCUGAUCGUCGGCUGCAACUACAUCAGUCGUGCAUCAUUGUAUGCAUGCGUAGCUCUCAUCCAUCGGGGUUAAUAAUGCAUUUGCUUCUUUCACAGUUGCUAUUCAAAACAUGGAUCAUGCAUCUACACUGCAUUAUACAUGAUAGUGCAAGUCUUGUUUGCAUUUGUGUUUUUGGCUAUAUAUGUGUGUUGAUGUAACAAAUAACUUAACUCGGGUAUAUGUACGUACUAUUUGUGUU